AUGGAGGAAGCCCUGCGUAGGGAAAUUGAUCGAGUCAACUGCUCGCCCUUUACAGACGAGGUGGAACGAGCUGCACCAUUGAAGCAGUUCACAACGCCGUCCAUUACUCUGUUCAAAGGGGACUCCAACCCUGAGAGCCAUUUGAGGCACUUCAAGAGCGCAAUGAUCCUGUACAAGGUAGACGAUGCCCUGAUGUGCAAAGUGUUCACGAUGACUCUGCGAGGAGCAACUCAAGAUUGGUUUCACACUCUACCGUCCACCUCGAUAGCUUUCAAGAAGGGCUUGCCAACCGAACACGAGCUAUACCGUGAGCUAGCCAUAACUCCGAGCCAAACCUUGGCAGAAGUCUUCGCGACGGCAGAGAGCUACGCAAUCUGGGACAAUGACCGAAUUGCCGCAAAGAAAGCCAGCAAGCAAGCUGACCACCCGACAAGGCAGUCAAACCAAAAUAGAAACAAGUUUGAGCACAAAAUCUGGGACAAGAGCAGAUCGCGGCCCCAAGAUACCAUCCCGAUCCACCAGAUCCUAGCACAAGUGAAGGACAAGCUGUGGGUGAGGAGACUGCCGCCCCUGAGGGGAGACCCGUCCAGGAGGGACACCAGUAAAUACUGCGCAUUCCACGGGGAGCAUGGUCAUUACACCAACAACUGCAAUGCUUGGAAAAGGCAGCUCGAGGAGCUGGUCAAAGACUGCCAUUGCACGAAAUUCAUCGCAAAGAAGGUCAUCCAGCAAAUCGAGGAUCGUGACAGAGCUGCCAAAGAACCUUCCCAAAAGGUCAUACGGAUCAACACCAUUCUAGCUGACUUCUAG